UCAGGAGCCAGUGUAAAGCGUUGCCAUGCAGCUUUUUUAUUAAAUCGAUAGGGCAGCCUCGGUAUUUUUCGAAAAUUGCAAUGGCCGGCAAAAGUAAAAAGAAACGAAAUAGUAAAGAUUCUACAUCUAGCAACGCGGGAAGUGGCGAAGGCGAUGAUAAGAAAAAGAAGGAAGGCGUUGGUGGCACUAAGAAAAAAGGUGGUGUGGGCAAGUCCAUCGGCUGUGAUAUAUUUAAUGAUGCCGCAAUGGAAAAUGCCUACUAUGUGUGCCACAAUGUGCAGGACGUGCUAAAAACUCGUGGAUUUCCUUGGCCGGAUGGACAAAAGAAGAAGAAAAAGGGCAAGCGUUGAGAAACACUUUCAAAUAUAAAUAUGAUUCGUGUAUGACUGUAUUGAUUUAUUUAUAAAACUAACAACAAUACGUUAAAUUCAUUCGAUUGAGA